AUGAGGGAAGACCUGGCGCGGGAUGAACUUGGCCGCCAUCGCCGUGAACUUGAAGAUCUUGACUCGGAGGAUCAUGUGCAAGACCCCGACGCUCACUCCAUCAUUACACCGUCGAAGCAUACGCCAAAGCCAUUUCGCGUCUUGCGAGGCUCCGUGGCUGCUGGGGGACCGCUUCGUCCAUUCCGGCUACUGAAGCAAGAUAUUCUGAAUCUACGCCGGCGAUACGUCUCAGACUGGACUGUGUUCAAUCAAUUGGUUUUCGCCAGCGCGAUCUAUGUCUUCUUUACUAAUCUCCUGCCGGGAAUCACCUUUGCAAGUGACUUGUAUGUCCUGACGGGCCAGAGCUGGGGGACAAUUGAAGUUGUCUUCAGCACUGGACUCAACGGAAUUAUCUUUUCACUGUGA